CUGUGCUAUGAGGUGAAGUUGGGGAACGGGUUGCAGUGUGUGUGUGUGUGUGUGUGUGAAGAGAGAGAGGGAGAGGUUGUGUUCCGACAGGUGUCUCAAAACAGAAUGAAUUCAGAUGUUCGACGUACCGUAUAUUGAAUAUGUUGUUUACGAUUUCUACUCAGGCGAUCGUUGUCUGUAGAGGGCAGGUGUUUUGCAGCACAAGUGUUCAGUGUACUGUACAUGUCUAAUAAAACAACGUGACAGCUGUACAUAACCUACCUUAAACCUGAUCAUUGUAAUUGGGUGAUCAUUGUACAACUCAAACAUUCACUGUACAACCCAAGCGUUCACUGUACAACUCAAGCGUUCACUGUACAACUCAAGCGUUCACUGUACAACUCAAGCGUUCACUGUACAACCCAAGCGUUCACUGUACAACUCAAGCGUUCACUGUACAACUCAAGCGUUCACUGUACAACUCAAGCCUUCACUGUACAACUUAAGCGUUCACUGUACAACUCAAGCGUUCACUGUACAACUCAAGAUGCUCAAGAUGAUGUUCUUCUGUGCGCUGCUAACGGCUGGGGUCCUUGUGGUCAGCUCAUUAACAGGUGAGAAUAAGAACGCUAGCACCUGGUCGUUCAACCCCUCACUCCUUCCCACUGGGGCCAAUACGUCCUCUCCUGCCUCACGGACAGCGAUACAGCACCCAAACCACCCCACAGGAAGCAGGCAAUUCCAGAGAGAGUCGAAAGUGAACGUGGCGGUGUUGACCAACAUCUCCGGAACCAUCAGUAUCCAGAGCAAUACCUCCAGCGAGUAUCUGCCUGGAGGGGAGUGGCUCUGGAUCAUCGACCUGGGCUCUGACGAUGAGUACUCCAUUGACCUUAACGUGACCUACCUCGACUUGCGCUCUACCCACGUCAUCCACGACAAAAACGCCAGCGGUCACUCGUACACUACGGGGGAUUUCAUGAUGGUGGGGGCAGGAGACUCUCUGCUGUCAGGGAGCCAAGAGGUGUUCUUCUACGGGUUGAGGAAGAGGCUCAAGAGCGUCCACAUCUUAGGUCCUGUCGGGCAUGUGUACCUCCGUACCCACCUGCUACCCGACCUUGACCCUCACGCUGUUUACGGCUUCCAACUCGACUACACCCGUACUGGUGAGGUAAGUACAGUUCCCACUGGCUCCACCACCACCACCCUCCCCAUCCCUCCUGACGUCUACAAUGUCAGCGCCUGGGUCGCCCUCAACGGUCUCACUCCUGAAGAAGGGUGGAAGGAGACGUACCAGCUCCGGGUGAGGGAGGCAGUGGCUGGCAUGACCUCAGAGUAUGUCGCUAAGGAACAACUCCAGCUGACGGAGGACAUCACGUGGAGGAGUGUGAUGGUGCUAGACGUAAAGACCUGCCACCCCCAGUACUGCUGGAGCCGGUGCGUGGCCUACAACAUCUCCCUCCACGCCUUCCUCGCCGACACCGACGAGAGGGUCUUCACCAGUUCCCUUCUCACCACGAUCUUCGCCACCACCUCCAACCACCACUACUGGACAAACAUGCCGGAGUCUUGUCAGGUGUGCAAGGAGAGCUCGUUGAUGGUGUUGAAGGAGGUCAACUCGUGGGGUAUGAUCAUAGGGGUGUUGGCGCUGGCCUCCGCUAUAACACUCGUCGCCUGUAUUGCUCAACGGAAGAUAGACUAUGGAUUACGCCGGAAAGAGUUCCUGAAGAGACAGCGGGAGAUUGAGGAGGAGAGGAGAAGGAGGUCAUCGGGAGAGCUGUCAACACUAGGUCUGGGAGGUUCCCUGGCCUCCAGGACCUCUCGCCGCCAUUCCCUCCCCUUCCCUAUGAAGAGGACCGACUCUCAAACUAAUGACGAUGACGUUGACGAUGACCCUAUGUACUAUGAUGACUACCAAGAGUACGAGCCAGAUCUCAUCAUCCUGCCAGGAGUAACUAACGAGGAAGUCAAAACGAAGAAUCCGGUGAAAGGCUACACGAACUCGGCCUUCGAGGACGUCCCACUCUCCCUCGACUCAGACAGCGAGGAUCCAGAUGCCAUCAACUUCCAGCAGUCGUCCAGGACAACUAGGAUCGCCACGGUUGAUAUCCAUGCUCACACCACCACGGAGUCGGCCCUCUGAGUCGGCCCUCUCAGUCAGCUACCUACCUACUCACGCCAGGUCGCCAGGCCAAAGCAUUUAUUUUAUUGAUUGCCUUUGUUUUCAGAUGAUUUAACGUUGAAUAUCAUAAUCAUUUACUCAUCUUCUAUCUGUACCAACCGUUCAUUCCUCACCUUGAUUUAACUGUUGAGAAGUUGCUGUGAAGUGAGGUGGGGGUUUCAACAUCCUGUGAUCACCACAGCCACAGUUGGAAGAUGCGAGUGUUGACGGACCACAGACACACACACCAACCAGUGACACAGAAGUGCUCUGAAAUGAUCAACAGUUAUUUCUUUGCCAAUCUGUCACACUGUGUUUACUUGUUACUGCAGAACUUGAGUCUGAGAAAUCAUUUACCUAUGGAGCUAAUACUUAAGAACUAUACCUGUUGACCCGCCAUCAUUACGGGUUAGGUUGAGUC